AUGCCUGGAGUUUCUGUAAAAGAUGUGAACCAACAGGAGUUUGUCAGAGCUCUGGCUCCUUUCCUCGAAAAGUCUGGAGAGCUGAAAACCCCUCAGUGGGUGGCCACUGUCAAGCUGGCCAAGCAUAAAGAGCCUGCUCCCUGCAAUGAGAACUGGUUCCACACACAAGCUGCCUCAACAGCACAGUACCUGCACCUCUGGGGCAGUGCUGAGGUCAGCUUUGUGGCCAACAUCUACCAGCAACUUCAGAUAAAUGGGUUCAUGCCCAACCAUUUCAGUAGAGCCGCCAAGAGCAUGGCCCACAUGGUCCUCCAAGCCCUAGAGAGGCUGAAAACAAUGGAAAAGGACCAAGGUGGGGGCUGCAAACUGACACCCCAGGAUGAGACCUAUCUGGACAGAAUUGCUAGACAGGUGGGAGCCUCCACCUAG